UCAUUGACUUGUCAUAAACCUGCUCGCUGCUUUCUACUGAAAUCAAACACUGAAUAUUGAUAGGAAAAUCAAUGGCAGCCUACGCAGCACUAGUUUCUCUCAUGAAUGAUCUGCAGCUGAUUCCUAAUCACCCCACCCAUUCCUUUUCUUUUGAAAUCAAACAGAUCACAUCCCUUUCCCAAAUCGUCAAUUUCCUGAUCGAUUUCCUCGAAACCUCUGAUUCUCACGGAGAAUUAUUAGAGAGCCGAAUCACAUCCGCGGCUCAUAAAGCUCACGAUGUUGUCGAAUCACACGUAGUCGAUCAAAUCCAAGCUGGAUCUACUCUUGGUGGUGGUAAAUCAAGGCUUAAUUAUUUCUUGCUUGAUUUACAAAAAGCAAUUGACGGCUUGAAUUUUGUCAAGAAGAAGGUUAUGCAGUUCAAAGCGAUAAGUGACUCAAAAGCGGCGUAUUCAUCAGCGCCUCUGACCUCCGGGAAGAAUCUUAUGGUAGGAUGCGAUGAUGUUGUUCUAGGGCUUGUGGAAAUGCUCGUGGGAGAACCUUCCAGCCGGAGAGUCAUACCCAUCGUUGGAAUGGGGGGAAUGGGUAAGACUACUCUCGCUAGAAAUGCUUACGAGCAUUUACUUACUAAGCACCACUUUGAUAUUCGCCUUUGGGCUGCAAUAUCUCAGGAUUAUAGUGUACAAAAUAUUCUUGUUCACCUAUUGUUUGGAGAAAAUUCCACCUCCACCACUGGUGGAAAUUUUGGGGAAUUGGGAGAAGAGUUGCAUAAAAGGUUAUGGCGUAGAAGGUAUUUAGUUGUGUUGGAUGAUAUGUGGAGUAUUGAAGCUUGGGAGGAGAUACAGAUGUUUUUGCCGAAUAACGGCAAUGGAAGUUGUGUUAUUGUAACCACGCGGCUAUUAAACUUGGCCACUUGUCUGAGCUCUUCCCCUUUCAAGAUGAGGUUUUUAGAUAAUGAUAAAAGUUGGGAGCUGUUUUGUGGGAAGGUGUUUGGAGAAGAAGACUGCCCUAUUGAAUUAGAAGAGAUUGGGAAAAAGAUAGUGAAAAGAUGCGGAGGACUUCCACUGUCAAUUGUUGUAAUUGGGGGGCAUCUUCGAAAAUCAUCUAAGGAGAUUGAAUAUUGGGAGAAAGUUGCUAGUUUCAUAAACCCAAUUUCGAGUGUAGGGGCGGAUGCCGAUGAUCAAUGCUUGAAAAUAAUAAGUUUGAGUUAUGAGCACCUCCCCGCUUGUCUAAAGCCAUGUUUUCUUUAUAUGGGGAUUUUCCUUGAAGAUAAGAAUAUAGUAGCUUCUGAGCUUGUUGGAUUUUGGGUUGCUGAGGGAUUUGUGAAACCAAAGGAAGGCCUAAGUUUGGAGGAGGUAGCUGAGACUUAUCUGAAUGAUCUCAUCUACAGGAAUCUCAUUUUGCUACAUACAAUGUGGUGGUACGGAAAAGUGGCAUAUUGUGGUAUUCACGAUACAGUGAGAGAGUUGUGCCUGAAGAUGGGGAAGAAAGAUAAGUUUAUGUGUGUGCCUGAAGAUGACACACAAGUCGUAGGCAUACAGAAGGAGGAGCAUCGCAUUGUGCUUACUAAACCUAAGAAACAACGUAGCAGUCAUGUCACCGCUGCUCUAAAAUCAACACCACUGCUCCGUUCUCUUAUACACCAAGAAGGGGAGUUUGACUUUGACGAGUUGCCAAGAUUACUGAGACUAUCGGUUGAUAUCCAUAAGGUGUUGAAGACUGGAGGAGGAUAUUUCCCAGGUGCUAAUUUUCAGCAACUGAACUUACGAUAUCUUGCUUUCUCUUGUUUCACACCCACUCAAAGGACACUCUUUAACCGGACACCCUACCUUCCUUCAUCAAUAUCCCUCCUGUGGAACAUGCAGACAUUAAUCUUAAUGGAUUUCGAUGCCCAAAUCAUCGCUCCCUACGAGAUAUGGGAGAUGCCGCAACUUAGGCAUCUCGAGUUCAAGAGAUUGUAUCUUCCCGAUCCUAUUCCCAGUGAUCAAGAAGAAGAAUGCAUUGUCUUGCAAAACCUACACACACUUAAAGGAGUGGAGAACUUGAGAUUGACUCAAGAGGUUUGCAAAAGGAUGCCAAACGUCAAAGAAUUGUCACUGUUGUAUGAUGAUGACCAUUUCCCUUAUUGUGAAGCAAGCUCAUAUUAUUGCUCUCAAAAUCUUGGCCGUUUCAAUAAACUGGAAUUCCUAGAGUGCAAAUUUGGGAACGGUGUUGUUUUAAGCUUCACAUUCCCGACUUCACUUAUAAAACUGUGUUUACAGAAUUGUCAUCUUCAGUGGGAAGGUUUGAGUCUGAUGAUUGCAUCAUUGCCGCAUCUUCGAUAUUUACAAUUGGACAAGCUGGAAGGAGCCGAGUGGAACCUUGUUGACGAGGAAUUUUCCAGUCUUCAGGUAUUGGAGAUUUCGUGUUGUGAUGAUUUGAUUUAUUGGAACGCAAAUAGCUCCCAUUUUCCAGUACUCGAGUAUCUUCGUAUAAAGGAAACACCUAAAUUGGGCGAGAUCCCUUUUGAUAUUGGAGAAGUACCAACACUCCAAGCUAUUGUAUUGCGAGACUGUAGCAUGUGUCUUGCCAUGUCGGCAUUGAGGAUACUGAUUGAUGGAGUACGUACUAAACAAGCCAGCACAAAGCCCAAGAAAGAGUAUCAGUUCGGCAUGACCAAAGAGUUCGGCCUCAGCCUACAGCUCAGUAAAAACCAACCAAUCAAGCCUUAUGUGCUUGUGAGAUAUUGGGUUGCUGAGGGAUUUGUGAAACCAAAGGAAGGCCUAAGUUUGGAGGAGGUAGCUGACACUUAUCUGAAAGAUCUCAUCGACAGGAAUCUCAUUUUGCUACAUACAAUGGGGUGGAAUGGUGUUGAGAAAGGCUCCUCUUUUAUUCAUUCAAGUAUAUACAAUGGUAUGAGAUUACUCGCGUAA